AUGUUUAGCUCCCCCACGCCGUCAAUGGCUUCAUCCCUCCUCGGCAACACUAACAACGCCACCAUGUCUUCCUCCUCCGUGCCCCCUCAGCCCUUCGCCUGCCUGGACAAUGCAUCCAACAACCCCACCAACGGCGGAGGCGGCGUUGGCAGCAAACGGAAGCGUAGGCCAGCCGGAACUCCAGGUACUUCCUUGCACACGCUUGAAUCCCCGAAUUGCUGUGAAUUCGAUUGGUGUUCAGUUGAACUUAAAAUAAUGACGCCGAUGAUCAUCUCCUGACCAUCUGAUGUUGAUAUCACUAGACCCUGACGCGGAGGUGGUGUCGCUGUCGCCGAAGACGCUGCUGGAGUCGGACCGGUACGUGUGCGAGAUCUGUGGCCAGGGGUUCCAGAGGGACCAGAACCUGCAGAUGCACCGGCGGAGGCACAAGGUACCAUGGAAGCUGCUUAAGAGGGAGACACCGGAGGUGAAGAAGAGGGUUUUCGUCUGCCCGGAGCCCAGUUGUCUGCACCAUGACCCCUGCCACGCCCUCGGCGAUCUAGUCGGCAUCAAGAAGCACUACCGGCGGAAGCACUCCAACCACAAGCAAUGGGUCUGCGGCAAGUGCUCCAAGGCCUACGCCGUCCAGUCUGACUACAAGGCUCACCUCAAGACCUGCGGUACCCGCGGCCACUCAUGCGACUGCGGCCGCGUCUUCUCCCGGUCCGAUCCUCCUUCACGACGUCUCCUCCUUCCUCCGUAA